GUAUUUCGGUCGUCGCGCCACGGUGCUCAUGGCGACUGAGUUGGCCUCGGUCUACGAUCCCGAGCCAGAUCCUAUGGCUCAGGACCCGAUUGAGGCCGAGCCGUGGUCCGAUCCAGACGACCUGGCCGUGGACUCAGAGCCCGGAGGUUCUGAUGACGAUCACGACGACACUCCUCUCACCGAGAUUCCACGUCCUCGGACGCGUGGUUUCACGGCGGCCGCAACGUCGUCUCCCGCUCCACGUCCACGUUUGACUACUCAUGACGUCCCACUGCGAGGACCAGAGGACCGUGUUCAGGGCACGAUUCCACACCCUUCGACCGAUCGUCGCGGACAUGGCGAGCAGGGGACUCGGGAGAUUGUUGAAGAGGGAGACGAUGACGCCGGCAAUGACAGGGAGGGAUACGAGGGCAGCAGUGAGGACGAGGAUGAUCCCGACUAUUCCCCGAUGCGCCGACAUGGAGACGACGACGACGAGGGCGGCGAUGGUGCACAGCCUGCGGGUGGUUUGCGGAGGCCCGAGAGACAGCGUGGCGACCAAUGCAGUGAUGCAGAUGGGGGAGGCAGCGGGCCAGGUGUUGGGGGUGCAGGGCACACAGGAGGUGCAGACCGUGCUGGCGGAGGACGAGCAAGGCGAGAGAUUGCAUCGUCCACUCGCACUGUGCACUGGGUUGAUGAGGGGAAGCGCACCCUGUCGGCAGAGGUCGCUCCCUCCCCUGCAGAGUUUGCAACGGGGUCUGCGGAGGUCGCAUGCGGGUUAGCAGAGGUUGGUGGCAAGGCUGCACAGGUUGGGAGGGCAUCUGCACAGUUGGGUGUCAGUUUCAGUGACGACAUUUUUUAUGUUUCGUUAGGGCUUCCUCCGACACCGGCAGGCGAGCGUGGUAGUGGUGAUGCGGACGCAGCGGCUACGCCCGUCAGUCAGAUACUUUGGGGUAUACCUUUAUGCAGCGUGGGUGACAUCAGUAGCAGCAUGUUGCAUGAGGCAACAGAGGGGACACAAGGUUCGGCGGGGCAGCACGAGCGUGCAGUAGGGGAUGAUGGGGAGUGCGGAUCUGUGCACGAGCUAGCGGCAGAGUCGGAGCAGGAUAGGAUCAACCGCGAGGAGAGGAAGAGGGCGCAUGACUUGGCUAGCCGUUGCGAGAUGACACAGAGUAUUGCGUUGAGGGCACGUGCAGAGUGGAUGCUCGAGACGGGCGUUGGUGUGGGUCAUCGUGCGGCGGACGAUGCAGAGGUUGAGUGUGGCGGUGCGGGUGGUGGGGAUGCAGGCGAGAGACCUGCGUCGCCAGUUCAGGGUGUUUGCGUAUUGCCUAUCGAUGGAGCCAUGCCGGCGGGGGAGUUGGAGCAGCAGGCACAGGAGGACCCAUUGCAAGCAGAUCGACGCGGAUGGAUGGAUGAGACGUCGAGGAGGUUAAUGGUAGAGGGUCCGGCUUACGUGUCGUGCAGCCCGUCAGUGCCAUCGUCCACCACAGAUAACCACCAUGACUUGAUCACCUCCUAUCGUGGCCCACCGGAUUAUUUUUGAAAUGCUUGCACACAUGUUGUAACCCUCAACAUCAUUGCACAUCAACAUGCCUUGCAAUAUUUCCUUCAAAACGAGGUGACGCUUCAAACUGUUGCAAUGGUAAUUUACGAUCCUUUGCAAAGGUUGAACUUUUUAUUAGAGAGUACGUGAUAAAUUUUAUGUUUGCGA